AUGAGUAACCUCGGGGACAACCUGCUCGUAAAAGACUUAUACAUGUAUGAUCGAUUGUUAAAAAUGAGAUACUGUUUUAUUUGCAUUUGUUUUUCAGAUUUUCGUGUUUCUAGUCGAUGCUUUAAUAAGCCUCACUUUCUCAGCCAAUGGACGGAUGUGGAGGCACAGAGGACCAGGAAACCCGUCACCUUAGAACACGAAUGUGGAGAUUUUCCUGCGAAAGUAGAGAUCCAGGUUAGACCGAAAACCGGAAACUGGACUAAUUUUUAUUUUCCUGGAAUCGGCUCCUCUCAGAGAGAUGAUGAUAGGAAUAAGACGUACGGUGGAAUCGUGUAUAAAUACAACAAGGACGAAGUGGUUUUGUUCAUACCUGGUGCUAACGAUGGAUAUUCAUCAGGGACAAUAAUUUACACAGGUGCGUCUACCUGGCGAGGCCCUGUUGCCCAAAGAGAAAGUCGAGCACAGGUACGAACUUUAGUCUGGUGUCCAGGUGAUCUCCCGAGUCCUUCACACCAAUCACAAUGGAUUCCAUUCAAUAAUUCUGGAAUCGGUUCAUUCUUGGAAAUUCCUCACAACCAAGGAACUUUUCCAGAUCUAAUUACUGUUCAGAUUCGCCAAGAGGGCACAGAAUGGCUGUCGGACGGGAUAGGAUCUAUGUCUGCUCUAAAACCAGACAGCACUACAUCCUGGGGAGGAGUGAUCUACGGUUAUAACAGAAGCCACGUGAGGGUGUGGGCACCAUAUCGUAAAAAUGGUAAACUCUUUUCUGCUGAUGAUGGUUGGGGUUCUUCAACAGAAUCAUGGUCACGUGGUCUAGUCAGAAUAAAAUCCUGGAAGGUUACAAAUAUGCACUACGUUACAACACAGCUUAACCAGAACAGCAACAAUGAACUCCCUCUCAACACGGUGUAUAACCAGAACGAGGAUUUUAUGAUUGUCAAAGUUCUUGCUGACAAUGGGAAUAACAAGGGUUUUCUAUUUCCGGCCUCUGGGGCAGUACAGAAUGACGACGGUAUGUCCGCCUAUGGCGGCGUCGUCUACGCAGCUUCCCGUGAUACCCUGCGGAUCUGGACCCCAGUACUGUCGGGUUCUAGGUAUCUCAUCUACAUCAACGAUGACUGGGGAAAUUCAAUGUAUCCUCAGACUUCUAUAUCUGCCAAAUUACUGAUUCAGAUUUGGAGAUCAACCACAUGUGCAGCGUCCACGGCUCCCUUAGCAACUCCUUCUACCUCUAUCAACCAAAAGUCCAGUAAAUCAGUUUCAACCACCUCCACCUCCAUUAAUUCACAGACCAGUAAUUCAAAUUUAAAAUCAAAUCAAGCACAAUCAUCAAAAUUAUCAACAACUUCCCCUGUGGUACCCGCUGCUGUUGGUGGUAGCUUGUUAUUAUUGGCUGUCUCGGGGGCGGUGGUGGCCGUAGUCUUGUGGAAAAAGUACCGAAGGAACAGAGUUGUCAGCGAGACCAAAGAAGAAGGAUAAAGAAUUAUGUAAAGUAAAUUUCAGUAACAAAAUAGUGCCAAAUUAUUUCUUUGGUGUACGACUCAAAUAAGAAAAUAAUUGUUAAUAUGUCAUGACAUUUAGAUAUGAUAUUAGAGUUCUGUCCAUUUAAGACAAAAAAAAAGAAGACCUUUUUUAUACAUAGGCCAGAAACAAAGCGUAGAAAUGGUGCAUUAAUGUAUUACCAUUCCAUUAUAUAAU